CCACAUACCCCAGCUGGGUCUUCCUGUUCCUGAACCGCUUUAGUUAAUUUUACUCAAAGUUGGAUUUCAAAGGAAUACUUUCUUCGUCCAUCCCUCCCACCAAGGAACCGGGGCCAGCUGGAUGUCAGGAUGCGCGUAAUCACCGUCCUCAUCCUGCUCUGCUUCUGCCAGGCUGCUGAGUCGCGCAAGGCAAGCCCUGGGGGCCUGAGAAGCCGAGCUCAUCAGCGCCAUGGCCCGGCAGGUGGGGGCCGGAGAGGCUCCAAUCCGGUCAAACGCUACGCCCCAGGCCUCCCCUGCGACGUGUACACCUAUCUUCACGAGAAGUACUUAGAUUGUCAAGAAAGAAAACUAGUCUAUGUGUUACCUGACUGGCCUCAAGAUCUGUUGCACAUGCUGCUAGCCAGAAACAAGAUCCGCGUAUUAAAGAACAACAUGUUUUCCAAGUUCACCAAGCUCAAGAGCCUGGAUCUGCAGCAGAACGAGAUCUCCAAAAUCGAGAGCGAGGCGUUCUUUGGCUUGAACAAGCUCACCACCCUUCUGCUGCAGCACAACCAGAUCAAAGUCCUGACGGAGGAGGUGUUCAUUUACACGCCCUUGCUGAGCUACCUGCGACUCUACGACAACCCCUGGCGCUGCACGUGCGAGAUAGAGACGCUCGUUUCAAUGCUGCAGAUUCCAAGGAACCGAAAUUUGGGGAACUACGCCAAGUGCGAACGCCCCUCAAAGCUAAAAAACAAAAAACUGCUGCAGCUAAAAUCUGAAGAGCUAUGCAGUGAAGAAGAAAAGGAGCAACUGGACCCGAGACCCCAAGUGUCAGGGAGACCCCCGGUCAUCAGGCCUGAGGCCGACUCCACUCUGUGUCACAAUUACGUGUUUCCCAUACAAACGCUGGACUGCAAAAGGAAAGAGUUGAAGAAAGUGCCUAAAAACAUCCCUCCAGAUAUUGUUAAACUUGACUUGUCAUACAAUAAAAUCAACCAACUUCGACCCAAGGAAUUUGAAGAUGUUCAUGAGCUAAAGAAAUUAAACCUCAGCAGCAAUGGCAUUGAGUUCAUAGACCCUG